UUUGCUGACGAACAAUUUUGGCGUUUUAGAAUUUUGUGCGGGUACACUACGGAACGCUGCCAAAAUAGAGCAGAAGUGAAUACAGUAAAAUUAAAGAUAAGCACCGUUUUAUAGUUGAGAAUAUAGUUUCUUGUGUCAGCGCCGUUAACAGCGAGGCUAGCUAGCAUAGCUUAAGUGCACAAGGCGUGUCGUCGAUCAUUGGAAUUGAAAGUGCUUUUGUUGUAGCCUCUUCAAAUCGUAGCAGAAACCGCACGGGAAAAAUGAUGGAGAACAACGGAACUGGUGAGGAGCACCAGCAGCAGCAACAGCAAGAACCAACGGGACAGCCACCACUGUUCGACAAUGUGGAUAUUACUUCGCCGGAUGAUGAGAACGAAACCGAUAUCUUCGAGUCGGCUAUUCAGGAACCUCUCUCACCGGUACUCGAGGAUGUUCCAACUACCGAAGCAGGGGACGUUUUUAUUGAAAUUUCUGUGUCUGAUCCCCAAAAGGUCGGGGAUGGCAUGGGAUCGUACCUAGCGUAUAAAGUUUCAACAAAAACUAACAUUCUUAAGUUUAAGAAACGUCAGUUUUUCACGAUGCGUCGCUUUAGCGACUUUCUUGGGUUGCACGAUCUGCUGGUUAGUAAGUAUCUCCGACUUGGCCGUAUUAUUCCACCUGCCCCGGAAAAGAAUAUCAUCGGAACGACUAAAGUAAAAAUGAGCAGUCAACCGCAAAACGAACCAGGAACCGGUAUUAAUCUGGAAUGGGUCGAAAAUCGUCGUGCCUCAUUAGAACGAUUUCUUAAUCGGGUUGCACAGCAUCCGUUCCUCUGUCAAGAUGGGGACUUUGUUAACUUUCUCGAAAGUGAUCAGGAACUACCGCGGGCAGUAAAUACGGCAGCUCUCAGCGGGGCUGGUGUUAUGAGAUUAUUUAACAAAGUCGGUGAGACUGUGAAUAAAAUUACCUACAAAAUGGAUGAAACCGAUCCGUGGUUUAACGACAAGAUCAACGAAGUGGAAACAAUCGAUGCUCACAUGCAGAAGUUGCAUUCGGCCAUCAAGGCACUAGUCAACCACCGCCGCGAGCUGGCUACACUGACAGGUGGUGUGGCCAAAUCAGCCGCCCUUUUGAGUACCUGCGAGGAGCACACGGGGCUUUCGCAAGCGCUUUCUCAGUUGGCCGACGUGGAGGAAAAGGUCGAACUGCUACGCUCCGAGCAGGCCAAUUCCGAUCUGUACAUCCUAUCGGAAACGAUUAAAGACUACAUCGGCCUGUUCGGGGCCAUAAAAGAUGUUUUUCAUGAGCGUGUUAAAGUUUUCCAAAACUGGCAGCAUGCGCAGAUGCAGUUAACGAAAAAACGUGAAAACAAAGCCAAACUAGAACUGCAAGAACGAAGGGAUAAGCUAGAUCUGGCACAAAAGGAAGUUGAAGAGUGGGAAGCAAAGGUUCAACGUUGUCAGAAAGAGUUCGACAAUAUUUCCAGCGAAAUCAAACGAGAGAUGGAACGUUUCGAGUUAACUCGUGCACGUGACUUCAAAUCGACCAUCAUAAAGUAUCUAGAAGAUCAAAUGGCGCAUCAGCAGCAGCAAAUGAAAUACUGGGAAGCCAUCGUGCCAGUAGCGAAGGAAAUUGCCUGAGACGAAGAGAACGCGACGACGACGACGACCACGACAAGCGCCAGCUUCGCAGACGACGAGAGCAACGGCCGCAAGCAGAUCAGCACGUUGCGUUUGUCUAUAAAUCUCGCCGACGCCAACGCUAGAAUUUCAUAGACUAUAACAUCCCAUUUUUCUUGCUAUCGCAGAACGGCUUUCUAUCGACAUUCAAUGCUUCUAACCGCGAACAGAAUAUUUUUGUUAAUUUUCAAUUGUUACGGAUAUGCGCAGCAAAAAAGUGUAUUAUAACUAAUUACAGGUUAUAUUUUUUUGUAAGUUUGCAUAAAUGUGAAAGGUACGACCAAUUAAAUUUUGAUUUUCCGUCCUCUAAAAAGUGACGUGUAAAUAAAUUGUUUAAAACCUCGAACAACUUGGUGUUCUUAGGGCGAAUAACCCGGCAGGACAUAUCAAGCAUUAGCUGGUAUAAUUGCAAAGGUACUGUAAAUAAAAAAGCAUCGUCAAGUGGAGCAGAUGUACAUCUCGAAUUGCCCGGAAAAGCAUUAGAUUGGUGGAAUAAUGUACAAUUGGAAAUCUUUAUAAACAUUUUCUAAUAUGCAGACAACCGUAGACGUAUCGUAGUUGAAAAAAAGCUCUUUAGAACACUGUUUUACCACUUUUUGAAGUGCUAAGGCUAACAUUUAUAUGUAAUGCAUAAUAUGCAAUAUAAUGCUGAGGGUAGGUUUUGUUUGGCUGAAACGAAAAAUAUACACCCCCUUCCGGCAAACGUGCGUGAGACGAAUGCGCUAGUUUAGGUCAAUCGCGAGUACUGUAGUUAAAUUGAUACAUCUAGUUACAUAAACUCAUCGAAUUGUUAGGCAACAGUUUAUAGAACACCAGUAAGCAGUUUACAUUAUUACACUUUUCCUAUUACAGCCUGCAUUUAUGAUCUGCCUCAUUUCCAAAACAUGUAAUUAAAUACACCUCCAAGCACUUAUUUGAACGUAACGGCUUGAAACUUUGCGUCCAUGCAAAACAAUCAAUCUUAGAUCGAAUUGCAAAGAAUCUAGGGAUAGUCAGAAAAGCAUUCCAUAACUCGAUACUUGUUAAACAAAAAUAUCCCUCGGAUCAGCGUGUGGCAGAAGCUUCCUUCGUCUUGUUCUCAAACAUCUGUUAUAAUUAUUGUCAUUAUUACAAUCAUAAGAAACGAAAGGUGACGCUGCCGGCGCACACGGAGCGCCAGCGUGGCACCAUCUACGUAUAGUCUGCUAAGUAAUUUUCUAUUUUUCUCGUGGAGAUCCCAACUAUUUAGUCGCUUACGAUUAUGUUCUAUGUGCUAUGUACACUAGCGUGAUACCUUAUAAUUGUCUAUAUUUCAUACGAAACAGGAAAGAAAAGAAAAAAUGAUAAAUUAUUGUUAACUAUUUCUCUUUGAAAAGUAUAUAUCUGUGAACAAUUGAUGAAAUAAAGUUUAGGUAUUC